UCUCGAGUCGUAUUUGUAGAAGCAAGAGUACACACACAAGCCCCUAUGUAACUUUGCUCCUGGCCUGUAGCUGUAGUCUACAUUCUUCGUCAAAUGUUGUCUUGGUUUUGUCCGAUUACAGUCCACACAUCAUCAGGCCAGUAGAGAAGGCCGGUUUUUCCGAAUGAGGAGAACAAAGUACGGAUGCAAGCGUAUGCAGAGCAAGAGAGCAGCGACGAAGAGUCUGGAGCCGGAUUUGAGCUUGUUGUGAACUGCGUGUCGGAAGAUGUGUUCGACAACGUGUAUGUGAAGGAGGAGUUUGAGGCGCUCUUCCGUUCUCACGGCUCCCAUGCUCAGUUCCGGUAUGUUGCCUGCUUCAAGAGAGUCUUCGUACUCUAUUUGCUACAAAUUCAUUGCGAUGCAGCCCAGAAGGAGUUGGAUGGCUUCGAAUUCGAGGGCAGUGAGCUCAGAGUAUCCAGAUUGAAACGCCCGACUAGCUCCCAACUGCUCAGAGCACCACGGAAACGUAAGGACUUCCUCAUUUCGCCUCCGAUAUCGCCCCCAACGGACGGGAUUGUCGGCGGCAGUGGUGCCGUUGCCUCGCUUGCUUUGCAGGCAGCCAUUGCGACUCUCGGCGGUCUGGGAAGCUCUUUUGAACUACAUCCCGGAAGCGAGGAGCAAAAUCAGCCUCAGAUUAUCGUCACUCAAGACUAGUACAUUAUUUUCUCUUUUCUUUCUCAAAAUGCAAUGAAUAGGGAGGACAAACUGUGUGAUUGCGUGCUCGUAGUAUUUCUUUUUUUUAUCCUUUUCUUUCUCACUCUUUCAUUCUUCCACACGAGUCAGUGUAAUGCAACAGACAACUUCUCUAGCAUAUCUUAGAUUGGGAUCCUUAGCAUUUAUACCCUAUUCUCCUAGUGUUAGGAAGGGAAGCCGCCGUUUUAAUGCCGUUGUGCCGUGCUACACAAGAUGUGUCUCUAUGCAGCAUUUUCUUCGUGUUUUAACUAAGCCCCCGGCAUCUUCCCACGUUCAAAGUGUAUACUAGACGGUUUGUGCUCAUUGUGUUCUGCUGUGCCGCGCUGGUUUGGAUUUCCAGUUGGCUGGUUCAAAUCGGGGAGGAGUACAAUACCGGUAUUAUACUA